UGUCGAGAUGAUUCGAUGGACAGGGGUUGCCGCAACUGAGUUCCGCCACAGCCGUUGGCGCAUCAGCCACUCCGAGCUCAGAUGCAUGUGUUUCUUAGCUGCACUGCAUAUGAUGGACGCAACAGCAUCGACCAGAACUUGCAAGGCAUAGGUAUUGCUCUGCAUAGCCGUAGCGAGCAAUGUACAGACGGAUAGAUGGAGCUCAUGUAGUACAAGUAUCCUUGGCGGCAAUUAUGAUUAGCCGUGACUGUCUGUUGAGCCGCCAGACAGUAUAUCUAAUCUACGCAUGACCUGGCAACAAUGGCGCAGAAUGACUUCCACCGCUUCUCCCACGGCCAUCAUGAUCUCAUUUUGGCCACCAGCUUCAAUCUUUAUGGCACGCGCAUGGCCACUGCCUCCUCCGACCAUCGCGUCAAAGUGUGGGACCACCACGAGCGCACCAAAGAUGGCGAGCUUUCCGCUCACUGGACUGUCACCGACGUUUGGCUCGCUCACGACGCCGAAGUGACGGAUAUUAAGUGGAACGGUCCCUUUUCCGGCACCCACCUCGGCACGAUUGGCGAAGACGGUCUCCUCCGCAUCUGGAUGGAAGAUGUCAAUGAAGUGCCGAACUCUGGCCGCCGCUUCAAGAAGAUCUUUGAGCAAGUCUCUGCUACAGGAGUGCCUUACAUGUCCCUUGACAUUAAGAACAUAGGCUCUGAAACCUAUCUAGCCGUAAUCACACGGGAUGGGUACCUCUCCGUCAGCGAGCCGGAAGAUCACAGCGACCUUUCCGCCUGGCGCAUCAUGUGGUCUGACUACCUCUGCCGCACGCCUCCGCGAACGGACGAGACCGGUUUCCGCCUGAGCUGGCACAAAGAGAAACUCCCCACCUGGCCUGCGAUACUCGCCGGCCUCGACCGGAAAAGUCUUGGUCUAGCGGUAGCUGUAGGCGACGUAGUCAAGAUCUUCCGCACAGACCGCGACCGCAAAUUCUACACCGCCGCUGUACUUGAAGGCGCAAAGACGCUGGUGCGAGACGUUAGUUGGGCUAAUGGCAGUAUGCGCGGUUUCGACCUGAUCGCUUCUGCGAGCAAAGACGGAUUCGUGAGGAUCUAUGAGCUGCAUACGCCCGGUAUGGCAGCUCUGUCUACGUUGAGCAAUGCUGACCAACCAGCUGAUCAAGACGGCUUGUCUUCGCGUGCACCUUCCAUUCGACCCGCGCGAUCAGGCAUAGGUGCCGGUCUCGCAGGCGGUGCACGAGGCAGACGAGAGGAGAACGCCAGCGUACCUGGCGCCAUCAAGCAGGAGUCGAAGCUCAUCGCAGAGCUGGCGAUGCAUGGUGGCGCGCCGUGGCGGGUCAGCUGGUCGUAUAUGGGCGACUUGCUAACGUCGAGUGGAGAUGACGGCACGGUGUGCUUGUGGAAGAAAGCCAUUGACGGGAGAUGGAUUCAAGCUGCCGAGAUAAAUGCGUUGAAGAGUGUCUGAAUCAGUAGUAUUUGCCACGCUUUUUCGCUCAUGCACAAUAUGCUGCGGUGGAUAUUCCAAGACCAGCCAGAUAGC